GAGGGGAGCGAAGGGUUCGUGGCGCAGGCGUUGUUCAGUCGCUAGCGCGACCGCGCUCCCACCGGCCGCGCGCCAUGGACGAGACUCGAGUGCGGGACCGCGCGCCGCUCACCGUCAUAGUCGCUCCCAGCAAUGCGUCGCCGCCGAGGCUCUCGCCCGCUGACCUCUUGCCGGACGGCGAUGCCGCCUUCCACCCCCUGUCCGCGGUCAACGGACGCCUCACGCCGCCGGGCUUGGAGCCAGCCUCGUACGCCACGCUGACUCCUCUCCUCCCGCUCCCCCCGAUCAGCACCGUGUCGGACAAGUUCGCGUAUCACGCCGGUGGAACGUUCACAGUGAUACAGCAGCAGCACUCGUACGCGUCGCUGUCUCCGGCGCCGUACAACGAGCCCCUCUCGCCGCAGUCCGCGUACAGCAGACGGAGCGCGUCACCCAAUUCCUUCGAGAGGCGGUCGCCCACGCCGCCGCUGCCCAGCCCGGGGCUCGACUUGAACGCAGCGCUGUUAGCGAGGGAGGAGGCGCAGCAGCAAGCACAAGCCCAGACCAAUGACACGGAGGAGAUUAACACGAAAGAGUUGGCACAGAGGAUAAGUGGUGAAUUAAAGAGAUAUUCGAUACCGCAAGCUAUUUUCGCUCAGAGGGUGUUGUGUAGGUCGCAGGGGACGCUCAGCGAUCUGUUAAGGAAUCCAAAACCCUGGUCCAAGCUAAAGUCAGGGAGAGAAACGUUCAGGCGAAUGUGGAAGUGGUUGCAGGAGCCAGAGUUCCAGAGGAUGUCGGCUUUGAGACUUGCAGCGGCCCAGAUUCCUCAGAGAGGCAGCUGCAAGCGCAAGGAGGAUAUAACUUCGGAUACCCAUCCUUCUCCGAAGAAACCGCGUUUGGUUUUCACAGACCUCCAGCGGCGUACUCUACAAGCUAUUUUUAAGGAAACGAAAAGGCCAUCGAAAGAAAUGCAAGUAACGAUAGCUAGGCAGUUAGGCUUAGAGCCGACGACAGUAGGUAAUUUCUUCAUGAACGCACGCAGAAGAUCGAUGGACAAGUGGAGAGAUGACGAUGUGCCAUCCACAGAGCUGGACCAGCAGUGCGACGCGCAUGACCUGGACCAUGUACCCAGUCUAGACUCCGCCGAUUCUGAGGAAGACCACGAAGAACACGACGACCACCUCUUGUGACGCCGUCUACCGCCCCAGCAUUUACUAGUGCUCUGAAAACAAUCUGGAGUUGUCCCUGAUGUUGUGAAAUCUUGACAUAUUGUAUUACGUUAAGGGCUUUCCUAUUCUGGACAUUGAUAUGACAGAUUAAAAUAUCGUAACGUCUACAGGAUUUCUGCAUGUCGAUCGGUAUAGUACGAGACAACUUCAAGUUAUAUGUACAGAAAGAUGUCGUGAGUUAUAACAUUUGUUCAAUUAUCAUUCCAAACUGAUCUCCCAAUAUCAAUGUUUCUAGUCAAACAUAAUCGAUUAGUCAUUUAGUUUAUAUUGCUAGAUAAAUACGUCUUGUUUUAUUUAUUUUUAGUGUGUCAUCGUUUGAAUUCACCGGCGUGUGUACAAUAUGGAUGACAUUUAAAUAUUAUAUUGUGUGAGAUUUUAACAUAAUCUUGGACAAGUGGGUCUUAGAAAUAUCAUAUUAAAAGCAAUAUUAAGGUCAUGAUAAUAAGAGUUAUACGGUGGAUUCAAACAAUGGGCUUCUAUAGUUAAUAGUACAUGCAAUAAACGAUCGCUUAUGUUUACGGCGAAAUUAAAGUUUAGUGAAAUAUCCGAUCUAAUCGGGUCUCGAAACGUCAGUAUUUUAAGGUUAUGCGUCAAAAUGUACAAAACUGCUACGAUAUUUCCUAUAAUAGACAUAGAAAUUCUGUUACAACUUUGAAGUGAAACUUCGCAGUAGAGCUGUGUUUUGGUUUCUCACUUGUGAUAAUUAAAAUUAUAGUGUGGUUGUUUGUAUUCAGUUUCACAACUAGCAUUUCCCCGUGGUCUCUUCCAUUUCGCACAUGUUCCUUCGCACUUGCCUUCCUCCAUAAAUGGACUAUCUAACGCUAAAAGAACUUUUCAUAUAACACCAGUAUUUCCCGAAAAGACUCUCUAGUGUAUGUACAAGAGAUAUAAAGCUGAAAUGGAAAUGUAUGCCAGCUAUGGAAAUGUAAGUCAUAAUUCAUAACAUACACUGACAAAGAUAGUCAGAAGUAUCAACACUAUUAUAAACUCUAUGCUUUGAAAAGUUAUCUUUGACGUUUACUCCAUGAUCAUCCUGUAGGACAUAGUCAACUUACUGCAAUUAUUUAAACAUUACUUAAUAUUUUACUGGAAAUUGCUAUUUAAAUUUAAAUGAUAUUUAGUAAUAUAUCUUUUGAAGUUUCACUUCUAAUACGGGUAGCAGUUACAUUUAUUUUUUUAUGAAAUCAAAUAAAUUAUUGAUUUAGAAUCGCAGUAAUGUAAACAGAGUGUGAAUUUUUUGUAUAUAUUGACCGUGUAGCAAUUGUUUCCUCUAGUCAAGAGAUCUCUAUGACAUUCCAUUAAUGGACAAUGACAGAUGUAGCAAGGGAGUUUUGCGUGAUAUUACAUACAAUUAAUUAUAAUUAGAUAUAAUAAACACUAUAUAAGCUUCACUAUUUUUAAGGGAAAUUGUGAAUUCUAGUCCAAGUCGUGCAAGCGUAGAGGUGGAAAUGUCAUACAGCUUAAUGUACCUAUAUUAGGCAGUUUUGCUCACUUCAUGGACAUUCUGCUCUGUGACCGUGAGCGUCGCGGUCGCCGAGCUAGGAUAAGGACAUUACUUCAAUGCUUAUUUGAGGGGUUAGUUAAAUAAUGUGAAUGUUAUUUGCAUUUAGUUAAGUAAUUUAUUUUUCAAUGUUUACUGGAUAUUUUCUGGGCGCGGUCGGUUUGUUUUUGUCUUUAUUAUUUCACAAUACAAUUGUACCAAAGAAAUUUAUGUGCAAUUUCUUUAAUUAUAAGUUAGUAACGGUUUGUGAUUGUUUUAGUCACAUUUGAGUGAUGUUCAUGCAGUCGGUUUUAUAUAAGCAAAGAUUGUUAAGUAUAGCAAAGAUUAGUCAUUGAAAUAGACCAUUUGAGUAGACGUAGUAUGGUCUGUAUAAGGUCUAGUAACUGGUCCCAAUAGUACAAUGGACUUAAUGGUACAGUCACCUAAAGGUAAUUCU